AUGUCGGCGAUCGGCGCGGCCCGGCGGGGCGGGGACGUGCCCGGGGUAAGGCGGCGGCUCGGGCUGGGCUCGGAGCCGGGGCGGCGGCGCCCAGCCGAGCCGAGCCCGGCCCGCUCACUGUGCAUCCUCCGGCAGUGGCUGGCCAAGGAAGAGCAGUACAAGCGACUGAAUGCAGAAUUAGAAGCCAAAACAGAAAAACUGGUGCGUCAGGCUGAAGAACUAAUGAAAGGCCAACAGAAGAUACUAUCUCAGCCAGUUUCAGUACAGAGUAAGUCACCUGAGGAUGACAGACAGAGAGAUCCACUCUGUUCUGAAGUUUCAUCUCUUACACACUCACUUGCAAAGGUAGAAAACAAGAAGAAAUUUCCUUCUGUGCCCACAGCUCAGAACAGACCAUAUUCUUCAAGUAAGGGAAAAAGAACAACUUCAAGUUCAAAAAUAAGAAACGUGGAAGUACAAAGCACUGAUGGUGUUGCAGUACUGGAAGAUUGCAUAGGUUUUUCUUUAACAAGAACAAUAAGCAAAGUUGAAGAAAAACUAAAGAAAGGAGUCUUACCAGAUUGUCCAGAUGAUGAUAUUAUUCCAAGGGUUGGGGAUGAAAUGGGAGCAGAAGCUCAAAUCAGACUUCUUAAGGCAAAGUUGCGUGUGACACAGGAAGACCUGGCAAAUGUAGUGUUUGAAUGCAGAAAAAAGGAUGAUGAAAAUCAGAAUUUAGAAACUCGGCUCAAAGAUACUGAAGAAGAAAACACAAGACUGCAACGAACAAUUAGCCUGCAACAGUCUCAGACUGAGAAGUACAAAAUAUUGUCACAAGAAGCAAACAAAAAAACUGAAGGGUUACAACAAGAGAUCACUGCACUAGAAAAGGAAUUGGAGAAUCUAAAGCGUGCCCAAAAGCAGGCUGCAGCCACUCAGAGUGCAACAGAGGUUCGUUUAAACAGGGCCUUGGAAGAAGUGGAAAAGUAUAAAGUGGAGCUGAAUAAACUGAAGCAAAGCAACAAGGAUGUAGCUAACCAAGAACUCAAAACAAUUGAAGAAUUAAAAGCAGAAAACAAGAAACUGCAGAAACAAAAAGGAGAGCUAAUUACAGGUUUUAAAAAGCAGUUGAAGUUAAUUGAUAUUUUGAAGAGACAAAAGAUGCACAUUGAAGCUGCCAAGAUGCUUUCUUUUACUGAAGAGGAAUUCAUGAAAGCUCUUGAGUGGGGAAAUUACUGAUCCCAUUAAAUAACUUCUGU